AUACAUUUUUUCUAGACUCAUUGUUUACAAACAUGCUUCGCCUAAGAGCUAUUUGUCCAUUUUCCUGGAGAGUGUUUAAAUUUCGACCUUUCAGUUGCGAACCAUUAAUUAGCCAGAUGAAUAAGUGUACAGAUGAAGAGCAAGUCUUUGAUCUUAUUGAAAAAAACAAAGCCAUACUUUCAGAGAAGCAAGUGGAAUAUGCAUUUAAUAUACUUUGGCAGUUUCGAAAGAGGAAAACCAACUUGUUAAAAUAUGUUGAAUGUAUCAGAGACCAUCCCCAGUUUCUUACUCUUCACAAUUUAACAACAAGUAAAAUGAAAUUCAUGAAUGAUGGUACCCUAGUGAAUGUGUUGUACAUCACACAACGGUUUGCUAUUGAGGCUUGUGACCCACUAGUUGAAGCACUAGUUGCAGAAGCAUGGAGAAGACUGGAAAGGUUUGAUAUUAAUGUGCUGUCAAAAUUUUCCUCUUGCCUAGCACAUCAACAUUUAUAUUUCAGUCCAUUAAUGGGAAAAAUCGCUGAUAUUGUAAAAAGGAACUUGGAUACCAUACAGGACUUGAGGUCCUUGUCUGUUUUGAUGGUCAACAUAUCUUCUUUAAUAUCACAACAUUUUCAAGAACAAUUAGUGAGCAAAACAGAACAACUUUUUGAUACUAUAGAUUCUUCCCAGGUCGACGUUGCAAAAAGAAUAGUACAAUUUCUUCGAAAUAUUAAAUGUAGUUAUUAUCCACUAUUAGAAAAGUGCAAUGAAAUGUUUUUAAGAAACGUGAACCACCUUGAUUUGGAGUCCAUCAGUAAAAUACUUUGUCUAUACAAUUCUCUACAGUUUCAUAGUUUUGGCUUUAUUAUAAUAGCUAAAAAGAGACUAACUGAAAUGAUUCCUCUAUUUGAUCACCCUGCUAGCUUUGUAAAAUUGUUUGUAGCACUGGGACCCAUGGCAGGGCCUGAAGAAAAAAAGCAACUUAAAUCAGCUAUAUUACUGAUGUCAGAUGAACUGACCAGCCAGCAAGCCCUGCAAGUAUUGGGAGCAAUGGAAGAGAUGGAAAGCAGAAGUUCACGUCUGAUUGAAAAAAUUGCUUCAGUUCUGCUUAAACAUUUGGAUAACUAUAAACCAGUAGAGUUAUUGAAGAUAACUCGAGGAUUGGUUUUUCUACAUUUUCACCGUAAAGAGCUUUUUGUAAAGCUUAGAGAAUUACUGCUUAGUUAUCUGAAAACUAGUGUCAUACCCAGUGAGAUUUCCAUCCUGGUCUGUGCCAUUUCCAUGCUUCCAUCUCCUCACCUAGAUGAAGUGGGGAUAUCUCAAAUUGAAGCAGUUUCACCACAUUGUGACCUAAGUGACCUGAAUGGUUUGGCCACAUCUGUUUUACGAUGGAUUCAGAGUGAUCACAUGUAUCUGGAUAGUACUACUGUGAAACAACUGAAACUACUUCAAAGAUUAGAUCACUAUGGUCAUCAGAGACUACAAAAAUGCAACAAUUUGAAUCUUUUAUGUCAGGAACUUAAAUCUUUAAAGGGAGACUGGUUUGCUGAGUCACUUCUUGAAGAGACAGUUGCUACUUUACAUCGUUUGAUGGAUGAAAUUAAUUACAUAAAUGUUGCAGGGAUUGCAUCUUUUGUGUCUAGAACUAACUACCUCAGUACUUCGCUACUUGAUAAGAUAGCCUCAGUGGUUGUUCAACAGAUUGAAAAGAUUCAUCCUUUUGCAAUCUCUGCUAUUAUUCUUCCAUUUAGCACCUUGAACUAUGAUCCUUCUCAAAGGGAUAAAUUUUUUGGAACAUGCAUCCAAUACCUUCAUUCUUACUUAAGUAUAUUGGAUCCUCUCAUGUUGGUGUUUCUUGGUUUUUCUUUGGCCACGCUUGAAUAUUUUCCAGAAGAUCUGCUAAAGACAAUUUUUAACAUCAAAUUCUUAGCCAAAAUGGAUUCUCAACUUGAAUUUGUCUGUUCAUCUCUAAAUACACGGGUCCAAUUCCGUCUCAUGGAGUUAAAUAGAGCAGUCUGCUUGGAAUGCCCUGAGUAUCAGAUUCCAUGGUUUCAUGACCGCUUCUGUCAACAACAGUAUAGUAAAGAUAUUGGCAGCAUGAAUGGAGCACAACAGGAGAUUUAUAAAAUGUUAACAGAGAUACUAGGAGGAAUCAAUUGUGUAAAAACCUCAGUUCUUACGCCUUAUUACCACAAAAUAGAUUUUGAGUGUAUCUUGGAUAAAAGAAAAAAACCUCUUCCUUAUGGAAGCCAUUUUAGAACUUCAGGAAUACUGCCAGAAGUGCACAGGGAAUCAAAUACACAAAUAGUUGGAUUAAGUCUGCCACCAGGAGCUGAAAGGAUUGCUUUGGAAUUUUUGGAUUCAAAAGCUUUCUGUAGAAACAUCCCUCACUUAAAAGGAAAAUCUGCUACAAAAAAACGACAUUUGGAAAUUUUGGGCUAUCGUGUAAUUCAGAUCCCUCAUUUUGAAUGGAACUCUAUGGCACUGUCAACAAAGGGUGCUCGGAUUGACUACCUGAGAGACCGUGUAUUUGGAGAAAGCAAAUCAUGAUUUUAGUUUUUAUUUAAAAUUAGCUAUCAUGGUGUGGCACAUAUGAACUUAAUUUUAAGUGGCCUGACUCAAUUAAAAAAUAAUAGCAUAGAACUGACUCAUUUUAAGGUAAAUUACAUACCUAUUAAAAUAAAUAGACAUUUUAUAAUGGAA